AUGUCCACAGAUAUCCAAUCCCAGGACAUAAGCGGUGUAGCCGAAUUUGGUAAUGCAGCUGGCACUCCUGCUCAGACGGUUGAUCUUCAUAUCCUCUCUCCGUCCCUCGAGGUCCCAGCCCGGGUUACUCUGGAUAACCUUCCUCUUGCAAUGAAGAUCUUAGAUCUGAAAACUCGACUGUCUGAAACAUUGCCCAGCCGCCCUCGUCCAGAUAUACAAAGGCUCAUUUACAGGGGGAAACCUCUGCUGAACAAUGAAGAGCGGCUAAGCAAUAUUGUUCAGCAUGCAGACGGUCGUGUGCACACGAUUCAUCUUGUUCUUCCCCCGAGUCAGGUCAAAGUUACUAUCCCCCCUCCUACAAACGAUAUUUCAAACCUCCCGAACCCACCGCAGGAGCCGUCCAACUUACGGCUCCGUACAAACAAUGUUGAGCCAACAGUACAGAGACCGCAUGGGCAAGCACAGUUCAACCCAGCGGCAUUCACCAGCCAGGUGGCUGCUAUACGCCAGCACGUUAUAGCACAACAUCAACAUCUGGCGGCUCAAAUCACUCAGAAUUCACGGUUGGUUGACCCGACUCGCCCUUCAGGAACCGGAGUUGCCCCAGCGAUAAAUACGACCGGUGUCCCAUUCCAGAAUACUGUAGAGAAUUCACCUCUAUACGUUGAUGUCAAUUCGCCUUUAUACGGCACCAGAUUCGGGUUGCCGGCGCCGAACCUACAAAGCGAGAGAGUGGGCUCGACGCCCAGUACCCUGUCGCACCAAUCGCCAUCCCCAUGGACCACAAUGUCCGAGAACCCCACACCUCGCAUUUCUCCCGUUCAGCACACAGCAACCAUUCCUCCCCCCAGUCGUCCCACGUGGUUCGGGGAGAGUGGAACCGGUGUGGGAGGUGCAAACGAAAAUCGACAACGAACAAUCGCAACCAUCUUAGAACAAAUAUUUGCUAUGGAAGGCCAACUACGCCGUGGCCAUCUCCCAGUCGUCGAAGAAAUUUCUAGCAUACGCAUUCAACUUCAUCAGAUUCUGGAUGAACAGGACCGUAAUCCACUUGGCCGAAGAGAUAGCAUGCCUGCAAAUCUCCUCGCACGUCUAUCAUCUCUUAGUACUCGGGUGGAUCAAAUACGGAUUUCAAGAGCCCGUUCCUUUACUUUUUCACCGCAGAAUUCCUUGCUUAAUUCCUCACCAACUGUUCAAGAUCCUACGCAGACUUCCCUUUACCUACUAUCUUCCCCGUCUGGCUAUCAUGCAAUACUUUUACCUCCAGCUUCUGCCUCAGGAUAUGGCACCAUCCACACGGGAACGUCUGUAUUCCCCACUCAUAGGACAACCAUUCACCCGCACAUAACCCCUAUUCCACAUGACACGUCACAUGCGCCGCCAAAUACAACGAAUAUACCACCUGCUGUGAAUCAAGCAAUCUUACAACAGCAGGAGCGACAUCGAAUAAUUUUAGGCCCAGCGAAUCUCUCUCGGAUACUGGGACGACUUUGGCUUUUCAUCCGGCUUUAUUUCUUUUGCUACAUGUUCACCGAAGAUGCUCUUGUAUCGGAAACCGAUAUACCACAGCGUUUCCAGAGGGCAGCCUUGGAUCCAUUACACAGACUUCUCGAAUAUUUGUUGCCUAUGGAUAUACAUCAGCCUCAAGAUGCAAACAGAGCCUCUGGACGGGUUAACACAAAUGAUCCUGCCGUGCAUCCGAUGCAACCAAAUACCAUCAAUGGAGACCUUCGUUCCACAGUGGAAAGGCAGCAUCCCACAGCUAUGCCUCACAGCGAGCCGGCGGUGUAUAAUAGACUUAGGACGGCAGAGCGAGCACUUGCUCUUCUCCUUGCAAGUUUGGUGCCAGGUGUUGGAGAACGCCGCGUGGCGGCAAGAAACGCAGCAGAGACCGCGAGACAAAAUCAGUUAGCUGCCGUAAGAGAGGCAGAGGAAAACCGAGCUAGGGAGCAGGAGAAUGAUGUCGCAGAAGUUCCUGAUAACGCUUCUGGUGAAGAGCCUGGGGAUACCGUAGUCAUUGAACCAGGGACCCCCGCCGAUCCCACGGUGGACCUGGAAGAGGGUGAUAGUGCCAUCGAAACGUGA